UUUCAUUCACAUUCAUAAAAUUCUUCUCUUAUCUUUUUUUUUUAUUCAUUACAAUAAUAGUUCAAUUAUCAUAUGAAUUGUUAUAUUAUCUGAUCAGAUAAUUUGUCAACAUCAAUAUAAACAAAAAAAUGUGACCGAAAUUAUAUAUCAUCAUCAUAAGUUGAUAGUAGUAGUGCUUACUUAAUUUUUUUAUUGUUCAUUUGUUUGGAAAUCUUAGCCAUCUUAGUCCAUCAAGUGAGUAAUUUAAUUAGAAGUGUCAUAUACGUUAAUUGAUGGUGAUAGAAUUAAUCAUGAUUGACAGAGAUUUUUCUGUUAAUGAAAAAUUGUUACUUAAUACUUGAAUAAUUCAAAUGAAUUGUUAUUUAACUAUGUAACUAUUGCUAUCUCAAAUUACCAAUUGAUUUGGAAAAAAAAACGAAUCAUAUAAUGAAAACAAAGAAUUAAGACAAAAAUGUGUUAUUUCACACAUUGUUGUUGAAAUAACCUUUGAUACUUAUGAAGUGAUGAAGAACAGUGUUACAUUAUUCUCAGAAUGUUUUGAAUUAUUUCAAAAAAAAAAAGAAAAAAAUGUAAGUCACAUGAGUGAUUGUGCAGAAUGUUUGAAUGAAAAGACCUAGUAAAAAUAGUUUAGAAUAGUAUUUUUAUUUACAUAUAAUGGUGAUGAGGAAAAAUAAGAUCGGAGUAAAGAAUGAUGAUGAUAAUGAUGAUGGUGAUGAUAAUGGGAAGGGAGGGUAAGAGGAUUAAGGAAAUGAAUAGUAUCAAGUAGUUGAAAGAGUUUUCAAUAUUCAAGUAAACUACUAAAGGAAUCACAGUUUACCUAUCAGUUGACUCACGACCGUUACAGUGAGCAGACGUCGACGUACGUCUCGACGCUUUGCGCGUCGUCGUAAACAAUUUAUUAUUAUCAUUAAUAGUUUAAUUAUUAAAUUUAAAAAUAAAUUAAUUAUUGGUCGAGUUAAUUAAUUAAUACUUCAAUCAACUGUGAUAUAGUAUCAAUAAAUAAAAUAAAAAAUAUCUUGAAAUGAAUAUUUUAUGUUUUUAACGAAAUAAUUUCUAGUAAAUGUAGAAGAAAUUUUGCUUUGAUAAAAUAAUUUUACAACUCUAUAUCGAUAAGUUGACAUUUUUUAUUAAUAGCUUCGGCCUACUUUUUUGGUUUAUUGUGCGAUUGGUAAUAUAAGUGUGACAUGAUAGAUAAUUUAGUGAUUUCGAAGUGAUUAAUACAAGAAUCAAAAUAAAGUAUUAAUCUUUCAUUUACAUAUGUAUUAUAAUGAAUAUACAUGUCGUCAGAUAAUUUUAAUAUCACUAUUUGAUUGUUGAGUAAUUACCAAAAUUAUUGUUUCAUUAAAAUCAGAGAAUGGUCUGAAAAUUUUUGUUAUCAAACUGGUAAUAUUUUAUGAAUGAAAUAAUUAAAUUCAUGGAUUUUUCUUAUUGAUGAAUGAAUGAAUUUUUAGCUAACGUAGUCGGCAAACUAUUUACUAUAGUAGACGCAAGCAGUGAGAAUUGUCAAAAGAUAUUUUUAUAAGAUAAUUUCUUAAGAAUUUCAAGUCAUUUUAAAUGUCCAAAAAUUAAAUAGUAAAUUCAAGAAAAAAAAAAUGGCACCAAUGGAUUAUGAAAAAUCGGAUCACAACAAUUUUGGUUGGGGGUAUCAAAAUACUUUGAUGUAUGGUCGUUACACCAAAGAUUUGGGUGAAUUUGCUAAAGAAGAGGCACGAAGACUCAAAGUACACGAUAAGGCUAGAAGGAAACUGGAUAAAGUACGUGCCGAAGAAUUACGAAAAUCAAGAAGAGGUCCAUUAUGUCGAAAAGCUUUAGCAUUACUUGCAUUUAUUUGGAAACAUACUGGAGCAAGGCUUGGAGAAGACUGGGUCUUUUUAGCACUUCUAGGAAUCAUAAUGGCAUUGAUUAGCUACGCGAUGGAUCGUGGAAUUUCUAUGUGUAAUAAUGCCAGAAUAUGGCUUUAUCAAGAUUUAACUUCGCAUCCGGCUCUUCAAUAUUUGGCGUGGGUGUCACUUCCAGUAUGUUUAAUUCUCUUCAGUGCUGGAUUUGUCCAUAUCGUGGCACCGCAAAGUAUUGGCUCUGGGAUUCCUGAAAUGAAAACAAUCCUUCGUGGAGUAGCACUGAAAGAAUAUUUAACAUUUCGGACAUUAGUAGCCAAAGUAAUUGGAUUAACAGCAACACUAGGAUCAGGAUUACCUCUAGGGAAAGAAGGUCCAUUUGUCCAUAUUGCCAGUAUUGUGGCAACCCUUUUAUCAAAAUUAGUCACAAGUUUUCAAGGAAUUUACGAAAAUGAAAGCAGAAAUUGUGAAAUGCUUGCUGCUGCCUGUGCUGUUGGAGUAGCAUCAUGUUUUGCAGCACCAAUUGGAGGAGUUUUAUUUAGUAUUGAAGUAACGACAGUCUAUUUCGCAGUUCGAAAUUAUUGGAGAGGAUUUUUUGCUGCUGUUUGUGGUGCUACCAUGUUCCGACUUUUAGCUAUCUGGUUUCAGAGGGAAGAAACAAUUACAGCAAUGUUUGCAACAAAUUUUACAAUGGAUUUUCCAUUUGAUCCUCAAGAACUUUUUAUUUUUGCUUUAAUUGGUGUAGGCAGUGGACUUGGAGGUGCUUUUUAUGUUUGGCUUCAUCGUCAAUAUGUCAUAUUCAUGAGGAAAAAUAAAAGCAUGAAUUUAUUCUUACAAAAAAACCGUUUUCUCUAUCCGGGAAUUGUAUCUCUACUGGUAGCAUCAGUUUCUUUCCCUCUUGGACUUGGUCAAUUUAUGGCCGGAGAAUUAAAUACUCAUAAUCAAGUUCAUGGUCUUUUUACCAAUUUUACUUGGACAAAACAACGACUUAGUGUUGAAGAGAUGAGUGUCGUUAAACAUUGGACAACACCUUAUUCCGAUGUAUUUGUUGGUCUAUUUGGUUAUGUUCUUUUUACAUUCAUAUUUUCUAUUAUUUGUUCUACUGUCCCAGUACCAUCGGGAAUAUUCAUUCCAGUUUUUAAAAUUGGUGCAGCUCUUGGAAGAGCUGUAGGAGAAGCCAUGGCUCUUUGGUUUCCAAAUGGUGUUCGUUAUGGUGGAAUCAUCACUCCUAUCACUCCAGGGGGUUAUGCAACUGUUGGUGCUGCUGCGUUUUCAGCCGGUGUCACCCAUACUAUUUCCGUGAGCGUCAUAAUUUUUGAAAUGACAGGGCAAAUCACUCAUAUUGUUCCCAUUAUGAUUGCUGUGCUAAUUAGUAAUGCUAUUGCUGCAUUACUUCAACCCAGCAUCUACGACAGUAUUAUUCUUAUUAAAAAGCUGCCAUAUCUGCCUGAUUUAUUACCGUCUAGCUCUGGAAUGUACAAUGUUUAUGUAGAAGACUUUAUGGUGCGAGAUGUUAAAUAUAUUUAUCACGGAAUAACAUAUCAGAAGUUGAAAGAAACUUUAAAAGAGAAUCGUAAAUUACGUGGUUUUCCACUUGUUGAUAAUCCAGAGUCUAUGAUUCUAUUAGGCUCUAUCCAGAGAUUAGAACUGAUCAAGCUCAUUGAGAAACAAAUUGGUCGAGAACGAAGGCUUCAGGUAGCACAAAAACUUCAAAAAGAAGCUGAAGAACGAGCAAAAGAAGCAAUGGAACGUCAAAUGCGUGAACAGGAGAGAACACGACGACCAUCAAGAUUUGAAGUCAUUCCAGCGCCAGAUAUUUUAAAAAUGCAACGUCAAAGUGCUAGUGAUUUAACAAUGGCAGGAAAUGGACCUGAUCAUCAUACUUAUCAUACUCCAUGUUUUGGGACCCAACCAAAAAAAUCAAUUCUCAAAAAAACUAAUUCAUUCACACUCAAAGGAUUUAGUCCACUAGUUAGUCCUGCUAUGACUCCAUAUACAACAGUAACUGGAGCAGAAAGCAGAAUCCGAUUGGCAUUUGAGGCCAUUUUUAAAAAGUCUGCAACUCUUCAAGAUGUCGAUCCUGAUCCUGAAGUUGGGUCUGUUAAUAACACGAGGCAUGAUAGUACUGAAGCUAAUGUUACUGCUCACACACCGAUGUUAGCACCUAGCCCUGCAACUUCCAAGAAAGUUCAAUUGCCAAGAGAAAGAGUUAUUGACAUGUCACCAGAAGAUCAAAAAAGGUGGGAAGAAAGUGAAAUGGCUCUUGAAGUUGAUUUUUCACGUUGUCAUAUCGAUCCAGCUCCAUUUCAAUUAGUCGAGCGAACUUCAUUGCUUAAAGUACAUAGUUUAUUCAGUAUGGUGGGUGUUAAUCAUGCUUAUGUGACAGCAAUUGGAAGAUUAGUUGGUGUAGUAGCGCUAAAAGAGUUACGAAAAGCUAUCGAAGAUGCAAACUCAGGAAUUUUACCCGCACAUUUAGAAGGAAAUCCUACGACGUCCGUUUCAAGUCUUACAACAAAGAGCGAUAAUGAUUCAGAAGUCAAAGAAAUAGAUAAAUUAAAUUCAAUAGAUGUUAUUACUGACGAUGAGCAGAAGGUUGUUGAUAAUAAGGUUUAAAGAAAAGAAUCGAAGCAAAAUUACAAAAAAGAGUAAAAAUUUUUAAAAUUAAAAAAAAAA